AUGGCGUCUCCCGGUGGAAUCUUGACCCGUAUCAGAAGUUUUAUGCAACAGCCUACGAUGAAGAAAGCCGUGAAGACGAUUUUUCCGGAUCCAAUGGAUAAAUUUAAGUGGCAAGAUGUUCUGUGGGACUUCAGAAGCAAGGAAGCUCUUGAAGAAUGGACGCUGGUUACAGAUGAACAAUUUGGGGGCAAAUCUACAGCUGAAUUUGUGCAGAGUCCAGGCGGACGAGCUAUUUUUAAAGGACACAUUUCUACCGAACUACCGCCUGCUUCAGAUGUUAAGUACACCGGAAUGUGCUCUAUCAGAGCACAGCCAAAAUGGGUGAGCUAUGCAAGACUGUUCAAGACUGUUGACAGAACAAUCAGACCCCAUCCCCAACGCUUUGACAUUUAGUGAAUUACAGGUGGUAUAAUCCAGGUUUUGUUGAUGCCUGUUGUUGAAAGGGAAGAUUAUUUUGCCAUUACAACCUGGAAUGAUAAAAGCGAAUUUUGAUGCUAUGUACCUCUAAGACUACAUAUAAUGUAAUAAUAUCUAAUAUCUAAUAUAUAUAAUAUAAUAUAUAUUGUCCUAAUCCAUUCUCAUGUCAUAACUUGGGGGCUGAGUCAGUUUGUUAGGGAAGGGGGUGGGGGUCCAGUUAACAUUCUUUGGGGGGGCAUAGGAAAAAAGGGAGAAUCUCCAGAUUUUAGAUCUGUAGAGGAUGGCAUCUCUUCCCCCUGCACAAAGGUAUCACGGUUGUCUAAGCUUCUUCCUUAUUUGUCAGGAUUGGAUGGGAGAUGUGUUAACAAAUGACAUAGCGGAUUUUGAUGGUAUUCAAAUGAAGCUAAGAGGAGAUGGCAGAACCUAUGCAUUUAAUGUUCAAACACAGAGCAUCAGGGAGGAUGACGUACACCAGACCUUUAUCCACACAAGAGGAGGACCACUGUGGGAGAUAGUGCGGGUAAAUCACAAUCAGUUAUUACAUUGUAGACAGAUUUAGAAUCAUGUUGGCAAAAGGCAAUUUCUAUCAUACAACUGGGUUUUUUGUUUACAUUUCCUUUACUCUUUAUUAUAUCUUUACACAAAAUUAAUAAUAAGUUUUGUGACAGGUUCAUACAUAGCAAUUCUUCUGUUAAGUUUUUAUCUGCUUACUUCUAAUUUAAGAACUUGUCUACUUGAAUCUGGCAUUCAUUGUUUGCAGUAAAUAUGUAUGAUUCUACCAGUAAGUCAUUCUCUUACCAGCAAUAUUGAUAUGGUGAUAUUUAUUGAUGGCAGCAUCACUUUAGACUAAUAACUUUGUCCUCUUAACAUUUUUAAUAGAUUCCUUUCACGAAAUUUGUUCUCACAAAUGCUGGAUACUUACAAGAUCAUCAGAUGGAUUUUCCCAGAAUACGAACUGUUGGAUUCACUCUUGCAGAUUACAACACUGGACCAUUUCAUCUGGAAAUUGACUAUAUUAAGCUAGUUAUGUUCAUGUACCAGCCAAAGCACUUCAAGUAUCACCACAAACCAAAGGACUUUUGAUUUUAUACAGUCAGGCAAACAAUCUUCUUCUCUUUCCCUCCAUGGAGUCUAUUAAUAAUUAUUAACUCUUUUCGGUGCAAAGGUGGAGAAAAUAUUAUUGCAGAACAUAAAAAAGACAACAGUUAUGUUUUGACAAGAGCUUUCAAUGUGUCUUUCAAAAGUCACACAGUAGAGGUUCCUCCAGACAUCAAAACUUCUGACAAAUUUGUUUGUCAUGUAUUUAACAACCUCUAGAAAAGCAAACACUGUUUGAGGAAAGUGUUGCUCUGUAGCUUAUUAAAGC